AUGUCAUCUGAAGACAUCAAGUAUGACUUUCCGGGACUCGUCCACCGUAGUCUUCAGUGGGGUCAAGUUGAGAAUAGCCGUGAUUCCUCUAAUCAGCGUGGUCACUCUUCUCUACCUCGAGGAAUAACUAAGCAGUCCCGUUUUCAGCGCCGAGUUUGUGGGAUUUAUGGUAGCAAACUACCUGCGAGCACUUUUAGCGAAACAAAACAAGUGCCUAAAACGUUGGACGAGUUUAUACAUAACCAGUCUCGUGGAAUCGGUGAUGUUGAAGUACUUCGAGUGGUUUUCAGGAGAAAUAACUCGUCCAAGCUGGACGAACUGAUCAUACCCCACAGGUUGCACUGGCUUGGUCACGUGUCAGCAUGCCAGUCAAACCACUUCCCUGAGUAG